CCUUCUCUCACCACCCCCAUUUUUCACGGCUACAAUGAACGGCGACACCCUCAACCACCGUUCCUCAGUACUCCACACCAACACCACCAACCUCAAAGACCACACACUUGCUAAGUCUACCCUCGAAAAGGCAUGCACUAAAUCUAAUGCCUCCUCAUUAUGGUUGCGGCAGAGUUGGGUUGAUGAGCUACGGUGGCGGGUUGGUGAGGUGUCGUUCAUGAAAUGGACGGCGGACGAUGUGUCGGCUGUGUUGAAGUGCCACCCAAUACCGUGUUUACUGGCUGUAUUUUUGUUGUUUUUCAUGCGUGUGGAGUACACUCUUCCAAUGAUUCCUCCGUCUUCACCGCCGUUUGACAUUGGCUUUGUGGCCACCGUCCACCUCCACCGCAUUCUUUCCGGCAGCCCUGUACUCAACACCAUUCUCGCCGGACUUAAUACGGUGUUUGUGGGGAUGCAAACGGUGUAUAUAAUCGGAACGUGGGUGGUGGAGGGGCGGCCGAGAGCCACAAUUGCGGCGCUGCUGAUGUUCACUUUCAGGGGCAUUUUGGGUUAUUCCACACAGCUUCCUUUGCCUCAGGGAUUUUUAGGUUCUGGCGUCGACUUUCCGGUUGGAAACGUAUCGUUCUUUCUAUUCUAUUCCGGUCACGUAGCUGCAUCAGUCAUAGCAUCUCUCGACAUGAGGAGGAUGCAAAGGUCGGAAUUGGCGAUUCUGUUCGACAUCUUCAACGUAUUACAAUUCGUGAGGUUGUUGAGCACCAGAGGCCAUUACACCAUCGAUUUGGUAGUCGGAAUCGGUGCGGGCAUGUUAUUUGAUUCCAUAGCCGGAAAAUACAUCCACAAAAGCCACAAAACACCCACAAUUGACCCCAAUUCCAAUGGUGAUCGUAAGGCCUUCCUUGUGUCUCCAAAGCUCGGAAAUGGGACACAAUGA